AUGAGUCCUGAUGGUUUGGUUAAAAAAUGCAAGGCAAGAUUGGUGCCAAAAGGGUAUUCUCAACAACCCGGAGUCGACUAUCAUGAGACAUUUGCACCGGUUGCGAGACAAGAAACGAUAAGGAUGUUGAUUGCAUUAGCUGCUCACAAAGGUUGGAAACUUUACCAACUUGAUGUGAAAUAUGCAUUCUUGAAUGGAAUAUUGAAAAAAGAGGUGUAUGUGCAAGCACCUCGUGCAUGGUAUGGAAAUAUCGAUGUGUAUUUCUCUGGGAGAGGAUUUUUCAGUAGUCCUAGUGAGCUGACACUCUACAUCAAGCAUGGUGAAUCUGGGACUAUGGAGUAUGUUCUCAUGUUUGAAAGGAAUGAUAGUGAAGAUAUUGAGUUGUUUGGGUUAUGUGAUAGCAAUUGGGCUGGAAGCAUGGAUGACAUGAAGAGUACGCUCGGGUAUUGUUUUUCACUUGGUUCAAGUAUUUUUUCAUGGGCAUCGAAGAAGCAAGAGAGAGUUGCACAUUCCUCCGCCGAAGCCGAAUACGUAUCGGCAAACAAAGCAACCAAACAAGUGGUUUGGUUAAGGAAGAUUUUAGAAGACAUGGGGAGAGAAACAAGAUAUGGCUACGGAAUUCCGGAAGAGAUUGGGAAAUUGCAGAAGCUGAAGGUGUUGGAUUUAGAGAAUAAUCAACUAACGGGCACAAUUCCGUUGUCUCUCUUCAACAUCUCGACCUUACAAGCUAUUGGAUUGACCAACAAUGACUUGUCUGGCGAGCUUCCACCGGAUUUCUUCCACUAUCUUCCCGACCUGGAAGGCCUCUUCAUGUCUGGCAACCAAUUGGAGGGACCAAUCCCGUCCUCCAUCGGCAGAUGCUCCAAGUUUGAGCUUCUUUCUCUCUCGUCUAAUGGAUUCGUUGGCCAGAUACCCACGGAGAUAGGAAACUUGAGCAACCUUCAAGUGAUCAGUAUUAUCUCUAAUAGUUUGACAGGUCCAAUUCCACAUGAGAUAGGUAAACUUGUCAAUUUGAAACAACUGAAACUUUGGCGCAAUGGCCUCACUGGAUCUAUUCCAAAUAAUAUAUGGAAUUCUUCCUCUUUCCAAUGGUUAGAUCUUAGUGGUAUUCCGGAGGAAUUUGGUAGGCUUCAUAAUUUAGAGACAUUGCUAUUGGAAAAUAAUAAACUAACUGGUUCUGUUCCUGAAUCAAUAUUCAACUCCUCUAAAUUGAAUUUACUUUCAUUAGUCAACAACCAGCUUUCUGGUAAUCUCCCACCAAAUUUAGGCCUUUUUGUUCCCAAUCUUAAACAAAUAUAUUUGGGCAGAAAUCAGUUCAGUGGUGUCAUCCCAAACUCCAUCUCCAAUGCUUCAAAUCUGAUCCAUUUAGACCUCGCUAAAAAUCAGUUCAGCGGUCCAAUUCCUAACUCACUUGGUGAUUUGAGGCUACUUCAAAAUCUAAUCUUGCUUGAAAACAACUUUACUGCUGACCCUUCUUCUCGCGAAUUGAAAUUCCUCGUUUCCUUGACAAAUUGUAGGUACUUGAUAAGAUUAUGGAUAGCCGAAAAUCCUUUAAAUGGAAUUCUCCCAUCUUCCAUUGGCAACCUCUCCAUGUCUCUCCAAAGCUUUUAUUUCUAUGAUUGUGGAAUUAUGGGCAAGAUCCCUCUAGAAAUUGGUAACUUGACAAGAUUAGAGUCUUUAUCUUUUUUCAACAACAAUCUGAUUGGUUCACUUCCAGGGACUCUCAAGGAACUAAGAAACCUCCAAGCCUUGAGUGCCAAUAAUAACAAGUUAGAAGGAUCCAUUCCCAAUUGGAUUUGUGAUUUAGGGACAUUAACUCUGCUAACCUUAGAUGAAAAUGAGUUUUCUGGCCCAUUGCCAGCUUGUUUGGCAAAUAUUAGCUCUCUUAGGAAAUUCUAUGUAUCUUCAAAUACACUAGUUUCCGACAUUCCUUCAAGCAUUUUUAGUCUUCCCGACCUUUUGGUGCUCGAUCUCUCAAACAAUUCUUUCAGCGGGCAACUGUCCCCUGAUAUUGGGAACUUAAAAGCUGCUAUAACUAUAGACAUAUCCUAUAACAAACUUUCGGGCGAAUUGCCGGGCACAAUUGGAGGCCUAACGAACUUGAUUAACCUUUCUUUAUCAGAUAACAAAUUCCAAGGCCCUAUUCCUGAGUCACUUGGUAACAUGCUGAGCCUGGAAAAUCUAGAUUUAUCCAAAAACGAACUUUCAGGUGCUAUUCCCAAAUCUCUGGAGAAAUUCCUUCAAAAGGGCCUUUCCUAA